GCAGCAGCAGCCCGUGUCUGCAGACCCAGAAUACCAGUCUCCCAACUAAGGCUUCGUACCGAGAGCUACGUAGAAGUUAUCUUUUUUUCCUGCAAACAGCCCUCAAUUGAUCAGCGAGCACUUUUUGUUGUUCGAUUUGGCGGUUUAUAUCUGUCUCGUUUUAUCUGUAAAGUGAAACAUCUUGGACAGCACGUUGAUUGGUAGUUUGCUGUCAUAUAUCUGAUUUACGCGGGCACUUGUUUGAGGCCAUCAGUGCAAACUCCACCGAAUCUCGAGACUGAACAUCAACCAGCAGCAGCACAACACUUGCCAGACUCCGGCCGCGCAAGAACAACCACAGACAAACACACACACAAGAACAACAGAAGAAGAAUAACCAUCGUCAAAAAUGCUAUUCGACGAAUCAAACGCCGCCGAGUUCCGAGCCUGGCUCGUCCGCAAGCUCGAAAACAUGUCGGACGCGGACUCUGAGAUCCUGUCGGAUUAUGUGAUUGCGCUGCUGCGACACGGGCAGCCCGAGAACGAGAUCCGGCAGAUGUGUCUUGAUCAGCUGCAGGAUUUCUUGCAGGAUAAUACGGUGCCCUUUGUGAAUGAUGUGUUUGCUGCGCUCAAGACGAAAGAAUAUCUGUCAGGAGGCGCGAACUCAGAUAUGAUGGACGCUACCCCAGCCGCAGAUACUACAACCUCCGAUCAACCCAGCUUUAGACCAGACGCGCCCUCCUUCGUUCCUUCCCAACCAGCAGGCGGAUAUCAAACCUGGAACAACAACGUUCCCAUUCAACAGGAAAAUCAAAAUCAGCAGCAGCAGUUUCCGCAGCAGAACCGCAGACGCGGCAGAUGCAGAGCAUACGAUGAAAAAGGCUACUGCAUGAAGGGCGAUUUGUGUCCGUACGAGCAUGGCUCAGAGCGCAUCAUUGUGGAGAAGCUCGGCGGUCCUAAUGCUGCUAUGGCUCCUGGAGGAAAUAUGCCGGCUGGAUUCCAGCCUAUGAACAACCGGUUCCAGCGUGGCGGUAUGCGAGGCGGGAUGAGAGGCGGCAGAUUCCAGCGAGCUGAGCGACCUGCUCAUUUCAACUACGUGCAAGGAUCGUCGCAGGACCCGACGAACCGGAAGCUUGUGGUUGAGAAAAUCCCGCCGGAAUAUUUUAAUAUGGAGUCUAUUCGACCAGUGUUUGAGGCGUUCGGACCGGUUGAAGACAUCGAGAUCAACGAUGCAGUGAAGCUGGCCGUGAUCACCUACGCUGACCACGACUCUGCUCAACAAGCUUGGAGCUCGCCUGUACCAGUAUUUCAGAACCGAUUUGUCAAAGUGUACUGGCAAAGCACCGAUGAUGAGACAAGGCGACGCGGCCGCGACGGUGACAGAUCGCGGGGAGACCGGACCUCGAACUAUCGCAAGCGAUCAGCCUCGCCGCCUGCUCCGCCAAUCAACGUUGAAGAAAUCAAGCAACGACAGGCUGAGAAGCAGCGAGAGUACGAAGAGCGCAUGAGCAAGAAGCGCGAGCAUGAAGAGAAGCUGGCGAUGAUCAAGCGGCAGAGCGAGGAGUUGAUCAAGAAACAGGAACAGGAGCGGGAAGCUCUGCUGCAGAAAAUCAGGGCUGCUUCGGAGGAGAAGUCAGGAUCGGCUGGUAGUGCUGCAGGUGCAGGUGGCAACGAUGGAGAUAUGGAGGUGCAAACUCAGGAAAGCAGUACGACCGAGAUGCUGAAGGCGAAGCUCGAGCAACUCAAGCGCGAGGCUGAACUGUUAGGCGUUGACCCUUCUAAAGCUUCUGACACGCAAGACUGGUAUUCUGCUGGUCGCGGCCGAGGCGGUUUCCGAGGACGUGGAGCUCCGCGAGGAAGAGGCCGUGGCCGCGGUGGAUUUUUUAUGGCCAAAGAGCGCGCGACGCUCGAUUUGCGACCAAAAAUAGUUUCCGUGACUGGCCUCGACGACGCGGAUGUUGAUAAACUGGUCACCACUCUAGUCACGACGUUUGGCGAGGACUACGAGACCAGCAGCCGGAAUCUGGACACGGGUGCGUAUAUGGUAUCGUUCAAUACCAGACAAGCUGCCGAGCGGUUUUUCUACGCGGAUCCUUCUACGAACGGGCUAGGUCCCGACGCGAAGUUUGCGUGGUACAACCCGACGCCGCCGGUCGUGCCUACGAUCGUGGCGCCUGCUGCGAGUGCGGCGAAGGAUGAGGAUAUGUUGGAUGAUGAUGAUGAGGAAUGGAGACGCGGGAUCGCAAGAGAGGAGAAUGGGAACGGGGUUGCAAUGCAUGAGGACGAGGAUGGAGAUGUAUACUAGCCUAAAACGUGUCAUUGUACUUUUUGAUUUUGUAAACUAGUGUUUUGUUUCAGCGCAAAAAUUGUUAUGCACAUAGACAUACAAC